AGGAUUACAAAAACUAUUAUUAUACCGUUAUAUAGGUUAAUUUUAGUAAUUAUUAUAGGCUUGGACUCCCUAUAUUCCAGGAGUGUUUACAAACAACCAUUGGAGGAGGGAUGAAGGAAGGACUUAAAAGACUGAGUUUUAUUUAUAAUUUAUCAUGAAGAUUAAAUCAGAGGAUGUUGAACGUCAAGAUGAAGACGGAAUCAUCAGGUUUAUCCCAGCCAGUACACGACUACAUGAUGAGGAGAAUUUAAGCCAGAUUGGGGUGGCUGGCCCUAGUGGCAGUGAGAGGAAGAAGCCCGGACGACUCAGGGAAAAACUCAGCACUCGUCCCUUCACCAGGUUUGAUGAGCCCCCGGACAGUGGUGAGACGGAGGCACCUGAUGUCAAGACGCGGUGGCAGAAAGAAGCAGCUAAGGCCAGAGCUGCUUCACGGAUAGAAAGCGAGAACUUUUUUAUCAAUGACGUACCAGAGCACUGUGAUAAUAAUGGCCAUGUUGAUUAA